CGAUUUAUCAGAUCCUUUCUGUGCCGUCCUCGAGCUUGCUAGCUCAACCCGGUUGAUUAUCUCCCUCUCCACUCCUUGCAUUCCAUCAUUAUUGUGGGGAUUGGAAUUGCUCCGGCCUCUGGCGAUACUUCACCUAAGGAGAAACUCAGAAGCAUUUUACUAAAGUCUGGACGUUUCCUUUUGCUGGCCCCCCGCCCUCUCUGCAGCCCUUGAGAAGCGUUGAUCACCAUGAGCCGGUUCUACUUCGGUGAUACGGAUAGCUCAUCGGGGCUUGAGGACGACGACUUGCCCUAUCCUGCCCCCCUUGCUCGCGCCGACUUCCUCCAACCGGAUUUCAGCCCGGCGGAAUACUUGUCAACUUUACGCAAUAGACAUCAGACCCUAGAAGAUCUUCGCGGAGAUCUCCGUAGCCGCUCUCAACUUGUAUCAAAAGAACUCCUCGAUCUAGUCAACAGCAAUUAUACCGAUUUCUUAUCCCUAGGUGGUAGCCUGAGGGGCGGCGAUGAAAAGGUUGAAGAGGUUCGGGUGGGAUUGCUCGGGUUCAAACGGGACAUAGAAGAUGUCCGGAAACGGGUCGAAAAGCGGGGAAAGGAGGUGGAGGAUCUGAUUCGCGAGCGAACAGGCCUACGGAGGCAAAUAAAUGUCGGCCGGGCGCUCCUCGAGGUUGACAGUCGGUUGACAGAAUUGGAGGGUCGGCUUAUGGUGAAAUAUGCUGGACAGUCUUCCCUUGACGACGAAACGGCAGAGGCAGGGUUUACCAGUGAGAGCGAAGAGGACUCCGAUGAAGAGGAAUAUUCCGAAGAUAAUAACGGUUCUCUAUCUAUAGCCAAGCUCAAGGGGCUUGUGCAGCGGUAUCUAUAUGUUACCCAGCUCAUUGACCACAUUGGCUCAGAGCACCCGUUUUUAAUAGCCCAAGAAUCUCGCUUGAUGCGGGUGCGCAACACUAUUUUGUUGGACUUGGGGACAGCGCUCAAGCACGCCAAAACAUCUCACACCAAAAGCCCUGAUCGAUUGAUGAAAAUCAUGGCGGUGUAUAGAGAGAUGGGCGAAGCCAAGGAAGCAGUUCAAGCCCUGAAAGAUUUGAAGCUUAAGGCUUAAGUAUCAUGUUAUGUAUACCGGCAUGGCUCUGGCGUCUUGGAAUUGGAAUUGGCGUGGCGUUCGCGGAGCAAAGUAGCAUCAAACCUGGAGAAUUCUCUUGCUUAGCCGAUGAAAGUUAUAAUUUUAAUAGUUUGAUACGUCUGUCCAUGUCGAGGUACCGCUAUAUAUCAAUUUGAACUCAUCCUGAAACUCGAAUGAUUUCAUAAAUGUUUGCAGGAUUGCUUCAACGCCUUAUCGAAAAUAGAAAAAGCUCAAAAUCUCCUGUUCGGAGAACAAUAAUAUAAUGAAGAGGAACCUGC